UCUCUCCUCCUCCUCUGUCCGGCUCUCUCUUCUCCGGCGAGAUGGGAAACAUCCUGAGAGCCACCGACAACCCCGUGCCAAGUAUCUUCGGAUCGACCUCCACCGCCGAGCAGGUCACCGAAGGCAUUGACGCAUCCGGCCUCACCGUCAUCAUCACCGGCGGAAGCAGCGGGAUUGGAGCGGAGACUGCAAGAGUGAUGGCCCUCAGAGGUGCUCAUGUCAUCAUUGGUUCUAGGAACACGGCGGUGGGCCUGGCUGCCGAAAGUCUGAAGCAGAGUAUCCUACAGGACACUCCGUCUGCCAGAAUUGACAUUAUAUACCUCGAACUUAACUCACAAGAUUCUGUGCGAGACUUUACGGACGAAUUUCUUUCGAUGAAUCUACCUCUCAAUAUCUUGAUAAACAAUGCUUGUGUUAUGCGCUGCCCAUUCAAGCUUUCGGAGGACGGGAUAGAGAUGCAGUUUGCUACUAAUCAUAUCGGUCACUUUUUGUUGACAAAUCUCCUGCUUCCAAAAAUUAAAAGCACAGCAGCGGAAACAGGGAUUGAAGGUCGUAUCGUGAACUUAUCUUCUGCAGAUCACCUCACGACAUAUAGAGAAGGAAUAAGAUUCGACAAAAUCAACGACGAGGCUGCAUACAAUGAUAAAUUGGCAUAUGGACAGUCCAAAUUGGCAAACAUAUUGCACGCUAAUGAGCUCGCUAGGCGCUUAAAGGAAGAGGGUGCUAAUGUUACUGCAAAUUCUGUUGAUCCUGGACUUACUAAGACGUACUUAGGGAGACACUCAACUAUCUCCGCUGCCGAGAUAAGAGCUAUUACAACUUGCUUCUUGUGGAAGAAGAGUAUUCCUCAGGGAGCAGCGACUACUUGCUACGUCGCAUUGCAUCCGAGUGUGAAGGGAGUCAGUGGGAAAUAUUUUGCUGACUGCAACAUCGAGAAGACAUCCGCCCACGGUCGAAAUGAGAAAUUAGCAAGAAAGCUUUGGGCGUACAGCGAGGUUGUUACAGCAGAGAGCAUAUCCGGACAAGAAAAGGAAACAGACGGAUCAUACAUCAGGACAAAUCCAGCUGACACAGGCUACACAGCAGUAGAGUGGUCGCAGUCGGCCAGGGCAGGGUACUUCUGGGGCAUCUGGUCGGCCUUAGAAGUCAGGGCAGUCUUCCUCAUGACGUUUCCUGUCUCCUCAGCAGAAUCGGAAACAACAUGCCAGCGACAUUCACUAUUUCCGAUGUGGGUCCAGAGACCACAUCACCUCAGCCUUCUCUCUGGGAUAGUCAGUUUGCUAUUAUUGCAAACUGCCUGGGCAUUAGAGCCAAGAUUGUCCGCUGAGUCUCAGCAUAUUGCCUCCGGAGUUACUGUUCAGGGAGGACAACACAGUCAGUCAGGGACUCAGCGAGGAGGGCAGAGAGCCAAAUCUUCACGUCGUCAGCAGAUGUCCGCCCCCUUGCAGCAGCUGCAUAUGGCAUGCAUGGACAUGAGCACUCCGGCACCUUUAUGGUACCACAGAGUUCAGUUGUGGGACCCAGUAUCAGCUGCAGCCUCAGCCUUUAGCCUAGUAUUGGCAGCCCCAGCCACUGGUUCAGUACCAGACGCAGUCUCAGCUACUAGUACAGUAUCUGCCCAGAUGUAG